AUGCCAUCCUACGUUCAAACUCUCUGCUGAGUGUAUUGACAUUCUCAAGAUUGUUCGUUUGGCUGUGUCUACAUUUUGGAGGCAUUGGGUAUUUGAGCUUAACCACGAAUCGAAUUUGUCGCCAAUGCAUUUGGAUGCCGACCCUACUAUGAAUGAUGCCACGGCUCAGCAGCGCAAUCUUAUGGCGCGAGCAGUUGUGGAGUCCUUUGAAGGGGCAGCAGGAACAAUAGAGUCUCGACCACUCAAACUUCAGCUUCCUAAAAUUGAGGGAUUGCGUCUUCAAGACACCAACUCCACGAACCCAUCACUUGCUGCCAAGACGGGUGACUCUGCUAUGACUACAAAUGUAGUUGCUCCUGCGCGUCCACCCAUCCCUGCUUCUCUGACACCCCCGUCGGCUUUGCAUGCCAAUUUAGAGCACUUGGAUACUUCUCCUGCAACCCCAUCUGCACCCAGUCUUUCAUUUGAAAAGAACGAACGACUUGCGCGACGGUUGUUUUUUGAUCUGCCACAACAUGGCCAUGAAAGUACAGUGUUUUACCUUGCUUUAGCUUGUUUGAGCAUGCUUGAUGCUGCACAAACUGUGGCUUGAUGGUAUUAUUAUGGGCCAUGGCAGAUGUGUUUGGAUAACCUUGUCAUAUUAACAAAAUAUUGAUUCUAUAUUGCUGAUUUUGGCAAAAUAAAUCCGAUUUUUGUUAUUC